CCUGACUGAUGAUGAUCGGGUGCUGGCUGGUAGGGGGAGGAGAAGGAGUAGGAGGAGGUGUAGGAACUGGAACCCAAGAUGCAACUGGAACCAAUGACGGUGGAUGGGGGAACGGCAGCAGUUGGACUAUUUAUGAUGUAUUUCUCGGUUAAUUAGUUGCAGCUGAACACAGCGGAAUGGGUGUGGGAAUGGAAUUGGAAUCGGGAUAUGGAUAGGGAAUGCUUCCGCAUGCAUUUGCUAGACAUCAUCUUCAGCCGACCAGAAGACCAAAAGAAAGUGCGUGGCUUAGGGCUCUGGGUAAUUUUUGCUAUAUUUGGAUAUUGCGCCGCUUGAUCGGUGAUGGAUGCCUGCGCCUUUUCAUCAUUUAUCUUCGAGUGCAGCGGGCUAAUGGAACUGCAGUGCGUUCCAGGAACUGGAGCGGAACAAUGACGACGGCGACGACGACGGACAGACGGUUCAGCCAAUUUCGGGUGGUAUAAUUAUAAACGUAAAUUAAGCCCAAAAUUAAAAGCCAUCAAAUGUUAUGCAAAAUUAAACUUUCGAAGCGAUUACUCAGUUAUAAAAGCCCCUGACUUAUGGAUUGAGCUGCCCAUGGCAUUGCGCAUAAUGUGGCCCGAAGAACUAAAAGCAUUUCUUCUGCUCUCCCUGACCGUUUGGGUAAUGGGUAGAGUCAUUACACUGGAUCUUGACGAGGAUUGCGAACUGAAUGCUGUUGAUACAAUGCACGAUUUCUGCUGCGACUUGCACGACGAAAGUUCGCAAUUCACCGACUGCCAAAUGAAAUGGCACGAAAAGAUUCAGUAUGAGACGGAUGAGGAGGAGCAGACGUAUAUGUUUUGCACCGCAGAGUGCAGUUUCAACAAUACAGAGUUCUUAGGCAGGGAUCGCCGUUCACUGAACUUGGUGGAGGUAAGAGAACAUUUGGAAAACGAUCUGGUCCACGAUGAGGAUGUGAAGCUUCUCUAUGACACCUACGUGAAGUGCGAUAGACAUGCGCUCGCCCUUUUGCCGCACAAGGGAGUCAAGCAGCUGGGCAAACGCCUCUCCCAGCACGGCUGUCAUCCAUACCCCGGCUUGGUUCUCGAGUGCGUGGCCAAUGAGAUGAUCCUCCACUGUCCCGCCAAGCGGUUCCAUCAAACAGCCCAGUGCGAGGAGACCCGCAAUCAUCUGAAGCAAUGUAUGCAGUACCUAAAGUACAAGUUCUAAACUUGGAUUAAAACAAAGAGCACUUGCAGCUUACACUUUUAUUGUCCUUCGCUAUAAAUUAAUUAUGACUAAAGCUUAAAUGCUUAACUAG